AUGGCGCCUCUCAGCAAGGAGAUAGUCACAGAUAGUGAUAGCACAGGAGGUGACAGCUCAAGUAGUAGUGAAUCAGAGGAGGAAUCUAUCUCCAAGUCCAACACCACAAAAUCUACAUCCACUGUGAAGUCGAAAUCGAAGUCGAAAUCAAAGCCAGAUCCUGCGCCAAAACCCUCAAGCGCAUCUUCUUCGGACUCUGAAUCUGAAGUGGAAGAGGUCACAGCAUCUAAAAAGAAUCUUCAGAAGCGAGUCACAAUUGAUGAAGAGGCAUCUAUAAUACCCAUACCCGCGAAACCGUUCUAUCCUCCAGAUGGAUUUCAACCAGCGCAAAACUCAUCUAUACCACCGUCCAAACUUACAGACGCCUUUUCGGAUCUUACCGGAAAACAGAUAUGGCAUAUUACAGCACCGUCAGCUGUCCCUGUUUCGGCAAUCAAACAACUCGCGCUGGACGCAGUCGCUACUGGGGAGCCAAUAUUGACCCAUAAAGAUGUCAGUUACCGCCUUCGUGAAGAUCAAAUAGGAGCCGAUAAGACGAAAAGCUUUUUACUACCCGAUAAGAAUGGCAAAGGUUAUCGCCGGCAACGAAUGGAUGUGGUGCAGACCUUUCACAUUGAGCAAGUAGUUGAUACCGCAGGUCAAGGAUCAAAAUCGGACAUUAAAGCUAUGAAGAAGAAAACAAAGCCUUUGCCAUCACAACCCGAAGAUUUGCGAAUGCGAUACACGCCGUUCGGCUCCUCUGUGGUUGAGGGGAAUCAUGAGACUCUCCCUGAUGAUUCCCAUACGUUUAAAGUCCCAAUCGGUGCCAGCCAUACCGACGAAGAAGUACAAACGAAGAAAAAGCGAAAACAUGUUGAUAUAGAUAAUACUAAAGAGUCGCGGAAUGGUGUUGAUGUUCCAGCCCAGGCGGAAGGAAAGUCUCCACGGAAGAAGUCAAAGAAGGACCACAGCCAGGACGAUCAUGGCCGGCAAAAACUAGAGUCCAAGGACAGCAGUGACAUACGGGGCAGGCCGGAGAAGUCGGGUGAUCAAUCGAGUAGUAAAAAACACAGAGAUGAAACCAGCCAGGAACGCAGAGCACGGAGGGAGGAAAGAAAACGGAAAAAGUCAGAGAAGGGGCCGGCGUAG